CUAUCGUGAACGCGUAAGCCUAGGCUAGCGCCAGUCUUCUUCUGCCGGGCAAUCCAACAUGGCGGCCACGAGUGCCAUUUGUGCACUUCGAGGAUCCGCGAAAACCUACCCUCUCUGCCGGGCUGCAGUAUUGUCGAGACUCCUCUCAGGGUCUACUAAAAAUGCAAACAAGACACUGGUAAAAGAAAGCACAACAGAAGAUGAGCACUCACCAAGGGACCCACUGGCAGUACUCAAGGCACUGGCGUCGACUGUCGAACCAACUGCGCUGGCCCCACCCAAAGAGUUAUAUGAAGACGUCUUACUCCUACCAAGGACCCCAAGAAAGAGGGAAGAAUGCAAGGCAGCUAUGAUGUCUGGUAGAAAGGCAGCUGAGUUUGUCAUCAGUAGAUACCCUCAGCUUUUCCCUAUGCGAAAACCAGAGCCAGCAUGGCCAAGACCAGAUCCACAAGUCCUGGAUAUUCAGGAGGAAGAUGAUUUAAAGUCACUAAUAACUCAAAUGAAACCUCAAGAAGCAAUUGAAGCAUAUGAGAAACUCCUGGAGUUAGGAGUAGCAAUAUCUUUAGAGACACAAAAUGAUUUGCUGGACCUGGUAGCUUUCUUUGGGGUGUCAAACAUCACUACUGAGGAGGUUGAGAAAGCAAGUGAGGAAUCCUCAUCAUCAUCAAGUUCUGAAUCCUCUGAUGAAAUGGAAUCAUCAGACGAUGAACCUGAGGUUAUCCUUAAAGAUCGGUAUGAGAACACAUGGAGCAUGGACAACUAUGCAGAGCAACUUUUUAGCAAAAUGGAAACAAAAAAUGGACGCACAUACGAGGCGAUGAUUCUAGCAUUGUUCAAGCACAAUAAUUACAAAAGAGCGUUUGAAUUGUAUGAAGAGAUGAGACAGCAAGGGUUUCAAGCUAAUGUCAACACUUAUGCUGUGCUAUUUACUAAAUCCAUGGACCAGUAUGGACGAGGACAGAAGCUGUGGGAAGGCAUAGAGAGACUUAUUGGUGAGAUGAAAAAGGCACCUGCUGUCAAGCCAAAUCUCGUUGUCUAUAAUGAGAUCCUUAAGAUGUGCGGGUUUGUGCCAGACGGAACAGGCAAGGCCAUGAUGGUUUUCAGAGACCUCUAUGAUAAAGGAAUCGAGCCAUCGCUUGGGAGUUACAGUUUGUUGAUACGUGCAGAGUACUAUCUCAAACGGACCAGGGCUGUAGACGAAGGAAUUGAUCCAUCUACCAUCGACCUCCCCAACAAUACAUUACUACAGAACAUUAUCACCCACCUGGAGAGUCUUCCAGCUUUCCCAGAGAUGCAAAGCUACUCAGACGUGAAAUUCUUCAACACAGCUAUUGGAGCUGCGCUUUACUGCCGGGAUGCGAAUGCUGCACACAGACUUCUAGCACUUGCACACACAAACCCAACCAAGUACCUUGGGCCCAAACGAGGGCAGUUCUACGCCACAUUCCUAGCAACACUGGCACGAUCAGAAGAAAAUCCCGAAUUGACAUAUAGAAUGUACAAGGAACUAGUCCCCUCCAAACUCUUGCCUCAGCCGUGGGUGUAUGCAGAGCUACUGCGCAUGGCAGAGAAGGCCAGGCUGCCAAGGCUCGUCCCGCGUUUCUAUGACGAUAUGAAGCGCUACCGUACCCCUCUGGAGCAAAGUGUGUGCAGAGGAAUAUUUUCAGCGCUGAGCAGAAAAACUGAAGUCAAGCAUUACAAGGAAUAUGUUGAUAUUAUGACAGAUGUGUUCUUCUGGAUGAAGAAAUUCAACAUCCCGGUUGAUGGCUUCAUGAUCUCCCAACUUGUUCGCCAACACUCAACUGUUGGACAAAUUGAGCAGGCCUGGAAAGCCUUUGAAAUGUUCGACGAGCUCAAGCUUGUACCAACGUAUACCGCGUUAACAGGUCUCUUGCAGUGCUGCAAACUGCGUAAAGACGCCCGUCAGGCGGUGAGAGUUUUUGAAAUGAUGGCAGAGAAUGGCUAUGGCAUCCAUAUGCGCAAGCGCAGUGACGUGUUUGAAGCCACGCAAAUGCAAUUAGCAGAAAGAGUACGUAUAAACAAGCUUUUUGAGGACUUUUCCAAACUCGAUGAUCAACGAACGGCCAUCAGAAACCAACACAUGCUUAAGAAAUCCCGCGAGGAGGAGCCAAUCGAUGGAAGCUCUGUCUAGAGGAACAGACACGUGCCUUUACGUCCUUUUACGAAAUGUACACGUUGUCGCGUGCUAAUGUAAAAAUACUGUUAAUAAACAUUAAUUAGAAAAUA